AUGCGCUCCUUCGACCUCCCCCUCCCCGAUCCCACUGCUGCCAGCCUGCGCAGGAGCUCGGCUGGGUUGGGCGCUUUCCCGUCGUUUCUGCCGCGCUCUUGCGGGGCUGAUCUGGCGGGAAGGAAAGCUGCGACUGACUCGGCAGCACCAGCACAACCAGGCCGGCAGGGGGCAGCACACCGCGUACUGCAGCGGCAGAAAACGCCGUCGCGCAGGCUCGGCUCUCUCCGCCGGCGCAGGCUUCGAUUGCAGCCGAGUCUAUUUGCAUCGCGAUCGCCCUCCUCGCUUCGCCUGACAGGCCCAGAAGGAGGCAGGCGGCCAUUCGCAGGCACGUCGCAAGGCGAGCAGAAGGGAGGCUGCUGCCGGCCCAACGGCGCUGUCCAGCCAGCGGGCCGGCGCGGGAGGCUUGCGGUGGUUGGGGCUGGGCGGGGGCAGAGUGGCCUGGAGCGCAGAUCGCCGCAUGGCCGGCUGGCCCGCUGGCUGGCUGCGAGGUGCCGCAGGGAACACCCCGCCGCCGGCGGGGGCAGCAGCUCUCCAGAGGCCGUGAAGGGGCCCGGCCGGCCUGGCUUGGACCUCGGGCAGAGCUGCCGGCCCGCGUCCGAGGGCCUCCUCCGACCCCCUUCCCAGCUGAAGCGCGAUGACGGAUGGGCCUUGCUCUUCGGGAGUGGGAUGUCGCCAGACCUGCCAAGCUGUUCGGAGGCCACGGAGGGGUUCGGCUCGUGUGUCCUUUUUAGUCUCACUGUACGGACAGCCUAAUGCGCCAAGGCUGUAUCUGAUCCUUCAGCAGAGUUACUGGAUCGCAGGACAGGCAACUGGUUGGUUGGUGCUUUUUCCUCACCCCUAACUCAAAAGAGAGUUGCUAAACUUGUAGGUCUCUCGCAAAUCAACAAUUAAAGCACGGAAGACAAAUACAUUAAAAUCCGAAUGGUCCCGGGGUUGCCACCACUAAGGUUUUUCACGCAGGGCUUGUAAAGCCCUUUAACUCGCAUCUCCACCGAAAUGGAGGGGGUACGUUCACAUAUCGGCCAGAUUUACCCCGACGUCCCUGCGAGUUAUGGAGAGCUGUUCACACACAAUUGGGGGUUUUCACUGUGGGUUAGAAUGUUUCCCGAUUUAUAACGGGGUAAAAAAAUCAACUAUUUGCGUCGCUAUUUUGGAGACAACAACUUCGAGUUGGCAGUAAAGCCUACCAGUAAAUUCGUGGUAAAGCCUGCUGUGUGUAAAAGUCCCGGUAGUAACAACAGCAAAUUAAAAUGCGCAUCAGCGGAGUGAUGUGCGAGAACAGUACUGGGCUUGGUUUGCUGAUGGACAGGGGUCGGGGGGGCGUUGACUUUGAUCCGAAAAAGAGCCCGCCUUCCCGGCUGGGCUGGACAGGGAACAGCAUCCCUCCCGACGGAGAAACUUUCUCUUAACACCUUGGUGUAGAAACUAAGAAACAACGAAAAAUGCACUCUGGCAGGUGCUAAAGAUUGGUUGGACAUUUGGUGUGCUAAGAGGUCGUGCUGCGAAGGACCUCCUGCUCUUUCUCGCGCCACCUCGGACCUCCCUCGACCGAAUUCGUAUUUUCGGGCUCCUGGCGCUCCUUCGCCCGGAUUAUUCUACCUUUUCGAUCGCAUUGACCAAAUGGCUCAGGCUUCCCUUCUCUCCGCCUCUGGAUUUCAGACCGCCUGUUUCCCGUGCUCCGUGCUGGGGCGGCGCCUUCCAUGCCCCGCCCUUCCCUUGGAAUUCAGUCCGAUCGGCUGGGGAUCCGGCUGCACCGGUUGUGCCUUCGAGACCCCAUUAGUCUGGCGUAGAGACCCAGCGGGACACGAGCAUCCAAGAGAC